UUUUUUUUAUUAAAAGAAAAAUAUAUAUAUAUAAGUAAUAUUUAUUCGAGCUCGACUAAAUUUUUCUUAAAAAAAGAGUAGAGUAAUAAAAACUUUAAUAUUUAAGUAAACAAAAAGAGAUGGCUCCACCACAAACGCCUCGUAAAACGAAAUUAACUGUUGAUAUUCCUUCGAGCUAUUCAAAUACUAGUUGUCCCGAUUCUCCUAGUUCUCAAUAUGUAGCAUCUCCUGUAUUCACUCCGUCUAGACAUUUUGAAGGUUCUGUACCUGCUUCACCAACGUUUUCGGGAACGUUGAAUAGUAAUAGAUCUCAGGCGGAACUUACAGCGUUGCUAAAAGAAGCCUAUAAUACAAUACGAGAUAGAGAAAAAGAUCUUACACUUGCCGCCGAAAUCGGUAAAAGUCUUCUUGAAAAUAACAUCGCGUUAAAAUCAAAAUAUGAAUCUGCUAUAGUUCAAUUACAACAUCUUCAAAGAGCCAAAUCAAAAGCUGCAACUUUCACGAUACAAAAUGUUGAAAAACAUGCCGCCCCUAUAGCUCCUCCAAAUACUUCUUUAGAAAAUAUUUCUGAAAAUGAAUAUGAUGAAAUUAGUGAUACUGAAUCACUUCAAGGUUGGAGUACUUCUUUCGAUUUACCUUCACCAUCAAGUGAAGUUCCAUUUAAAAGAAAAAGUCCUCGAAAUUCUUCGGGUUUAAAUUAUAAGGACCUUGAAAAUAUUAAAGAAUUAGAGACUCGAAAUCAAGAACUUCAACAACAUCUUGAUGAAGCUAUAAGAGAAUAUAAUGAUUGUGAUAAAUCUAAUAAAUCAAAGAUACGUAAACUUGAAUCGGAUCUUCAACAUUAUAUUGAAGCUUGUACGUUAGCUACUCAAAAAGUGGAAGACCUUGAAAAAGAAAAUGAUCGUCUUAUUCAAAAACAAAAAACUGAUUUUUGGAAUCUUAAAUAUACCAAGAAAUCAAAUGAAAAUGAAAAUUUUAUUGAGACAUUAUUACAUAAAGUUCAAGAUUUAGAAGAUCAAAAUCAUCUUAUUGAAAAAGCAAAAGUAGAAAUUGAACGUCGUUUACAACGUACAACGACUGAAUUGGAAACUUUUAAAAAAGAAUAUAAUGAUUUAUUAGAAACCUCAAAGGAUUAUGAAAGGUUACAACUUGUAACUCAUGAACAACAACAAUAUAUCAAUGAACUCAGCGAGAGUCUUGAAGAACAACGUGCUUUGGUCGUAAAUUAUCGAUCUGGUAUGUGGUCUGCAAAAACUUCACGGGCAAAUUCUAUCUCUGAUAGUGGUGGUAUAAUGUCAAAUGCAUUAAGACGUUUAAGUGAUCCUGACGGGAUGCGUGCCAUGUUUGGUGCUGCUCCAAAACAAAAUAAUCAAGAUAAUGGAAUUGGUGGAAAGAUAAAAAAAUCUUUACUAUCAGAAUUAGAGAAUGAAUGGUUCCGUGAACUAACGAUAUUUCAAAGAGAUGUAAAAAAAGGAAAUGGAAGUGGAGCUUCUUCACCAUCUUUCUCACCAAUAUCUUCAGAGAAGGACCUUAAUCAAUUCUUUUUAGAUAAUGGUGCACGACUGGAUGAUGAAAUGGUGGAUUACUUAUCAGAUGAUGAAUUUAGUUUCUUGGAUGAAUUCGAAGUAGAUAACGAAAAAGCUAACCGAUUACGAGAAUGGUUUUGGAUAAGAUGGGCAAGAGCUAUAUAUCUAUUCCUAAGAAAGAUAUGGAGGUGGUGUCGUUUUAUCCUCAUUCUUGUAGCCGCUGUAAUUAUGGCACUAUACCGUGGACCUGACGAUGUCUUGCCCAAUGAUGUAUGAAUUUAGGACAAUGUUAAUAAUUUAGAUGAACUUUUUUUAUUCUUUCCCUACUCCAUUUUUUUUUUCUCAAAAUUAAACGCCAUAUAACAUAAACAUAUUUUUCACAAUUCAAAAAUCAAAGAAUAGUUAGAAUAUAUUCUAGAAUAUUGUUUUACGAUUAUGUAUUAUUAUUUUUGUUUAUUAUGUCAAAUUUUUUACCUAACCUUUAUAUUUUUUUUUUU